AUGUUGCCAGCAGCGAGUCGUAACGCCGUAUUUGGCGUGUUCACACGCCCCAUGCUGAGCGCUAUGCGUAUGCAGACGUCACUUCCACAGCGCUUUUACUCCGACAAAGCAGAGGAACAGAAGAAAACCGAUAACGACAAUGGCGCUGUGCCUGAGAAGGAGUCUGCGCAGUCGGAAACUGCACCGGAAGAGGAUGCUACAACAAAGCAGCUCAAGGAAAAGGAUGCGCGUAUUAAAGAUUUGGCCGACGACCUGUUGUAUUGCAAGGCUGAGCUGCAGAAUUUCCAGCGCCGCACGGCUGAAGAGAAGAAAACCAUGGGUGACCAUGCCAUUUCUCGUCUAGCCAAGGACUUGACAGAAUCCAUUGAUGUACUCGACCUAGCUCUCCGCUCUGUGCCCGAAUCCUUGCGAAAGAGUAGCCAGACUGACGAGCCGUCUCGCGCCUUGGCAGAGCUAUACGAUGGUGUCAGUCUUACUCGCAAGAGUAUCCUCGACAUGUUGCGCACACACGGCAUUGAAGCAUUCAACCCUAUCGGCGAGAAGUUCGAUCCAUUAUUGCAUGAGGCUCUUUAUCAGGCUCCCGUACCUAGUAAGCAACCUGGCUCGGUUCUCGACUGUAAUAAGAUUGGCUAUAUGAUCAAGGGCCGUCUCUUGCGUGCUGCACAGGUCGGAGUAGUCCAAGAGACUGAGUAA